AUGUGGAUCGUAUUGAUUAUUAUUAUUGCUUUGAUUACAACGAUUUCAGUUGUUGUCCUCAAAACAAAAAAGACCAACAGUGAAGAAACAUCAACAACUGGAGAAACAACAGAAAAAAUGGAAACAACAACAGAACAAUUACCUCCUCCUUGUAUCGUCAAUUCCAAUACCACAUGGAAACAAGAUGCGUCGACUGUCGCUGGUGGACAUGGCAAAGGAAAUGAAGCAAAUCAACUCGAUGAGCCCGUCAGUGUCUAUGUUGAUGAUGAUAAUGAAAAUUUAUAUAUUAGUGACUAUAACAACCACCGUAUUGUCAGAUGGGGAUUCAACGACACCAUCGGUGAAGUUGUUGCUGGUGGAAAUGGAAUUGGAAAUCGGAUAGAUCAGUUGAGAAAUCCAUCAGAUGCCAUUUUGAAUAAAAAGGAUAGUUCUCUUAUUAUUUGUGAUUUUAAAAACGAUCGAGUAGUAAAAUGGUUUCGUCAAGGUUAUAUAACAUUACAACAAAUAAGAAUUCCUCAGAUUCGUUGUUGGAGUUUGGCCAUGGAUAAUAAUGGUGAUCUUUAUGUUUCUGACAUGAUAAAAGAUGAAGUCAGUCGCUGGAAAGAAGGACAAACGAGCGGAAUAAAAGUAGCAGGCAAAAGUCGAAAUACAGGUCCGACGAAUUGGGUAUACAAUUUUGCUUAUAUUUUCAUUGAUGAAUAUUAUUCAGUUUAUGUAGCGGAUUCAGUGAAUGGUGAAGCGAUGGAAUGGAAGAAAGAUGCAAAAAACGGAACUAUUGUUGCUCGUGGACGUAUAAACGAAACGAAGCCCAAUAGUCCACCUCGUCUUUCAGGAGUAGUUAUUGAUUGUGUGGGUAACAUCUACGUAUCAAAUGCAAUGACAUGUCAAAUAACACGCUGGCUACCAGGCGCAAUAUUCAAUGGUACUAUUGCUGGUGGACAGGGGUGUGGAAAAGGAACCCGACAGCUUUUUGUUCCUCAAGAUUUAUCGUUUGAUCGACAAGGAAAUCUUUAUGUUGUUGAUACGAUGAACCAUCGUGUACAAAAAUUCGCUGUGGAACAUGAUUGA